AUGGAGGAAGCAGCAGUGCAGCAGGAAAAGAUGGAGGGAACUUGGGAACAGAGGGAUGAUGGAGGAAAGGCAGACUGGAAAAACGACUGCUCUUUCUCCAACCUCCUCAAACAUUCCUGCCUUCUGUGCUGGUCAUCUCCUCGGGACACAGACGUCAUAGAAAUGGAUGACAGAGUCCUUUCCAAGGCAACAGAGAUCAGAGUAAGAAGACCGCAGCACCUCCCUCUGGAACUGGAGAAUGCUGUGACAGUCGAGAACUUGGAACUCCUGGAACAGCAAUCAGACCGCCAGGAGCUGGAGGAGACCCUGCUGAAAUUAGACAAGCACAAAGACAAGUUGAUUCAGCAAAUAAAGGCUACUAGACAGCUCUGUUAUGAAGAAAGUCAAAAGAUCUUGUCUCUACAAGCAGAAGAGGCACAGAAGGAGAACCAGGUGGAGGAAUUUGAAAAAGAACUUGCCAGAGCGAGGUGGAGACUGAAGAAGCUCAGAGAGGAGGUGAAACAAGCUAAAAAGAAGGUGGAUGAGGCUGGGGAAAGGAACACGCCCUUGCAAGACUCUAUCAGACAGUCCUAUGAAGAAAUUAUGAAGGAGGAGCACACUCUGUGCUCUUUGUCAGGAGGUGUAGUCACUCCUGAAUCCCAGAUGGAGGAGUCAACUUCUCCUGCAGACACCACUGAAGAAGAUCCUCUUCCUCUUAAGCCAUGGGGAAGGAGCCAGUCACUGCCUGCGUACGCUGACCUAAUCAUGGGAGCUGUUGGUUUGUCCUUCUGCAACAACCUGGCAGGUACCAGAGAGGAUGACAGUGGGACUAGCUCACCCAAGGACAUGGACAGAUCGGAUAUAGAUGAAGACCAGGAAGAGCUCAACAACACGGAGGAAGAGAAGAGGGAGGAAGGGUCUAAUUUUACCCCAAACCUUCUAAACCAACUUGACUUCUACCAAGACAACCCAUUUACUAACUGCAAGACUGAUGUUUUCUCCGGCCCCCUCCCCAACCUGUCCAGCAAUAAUGUUUAG